UUUUUUUCAUUUCUGUUUUUCAUUUCCAAGGAGAUUUCUUUUUGCAGGUCAGGGAAAUUUCCCAAUUACCACACGUCAAAAUGCUUUAUCUCGUGGGUUUAGGUCUCGCGGAUGAAAAGGAUAUCACGGUGCGGGGGUUAGAAGUGGUCAAGAGCGCGUCCAGGGUAUACCUCGAAGCCUAUACAAGUAUACUGCUUGUCGACAAGGAAAAGCUAGAAGCUUUCUAUGGACGUUCUGUGAUUGUCGCAGAUCGUGAACUCGUUGAGACUGGCAGUGACGAGAUCCUUUAUGGAGCCACAGAUGUCGAUGUCGCUUUCCUCGUUGUGGGAGAUCCAUUCGGGGCAACGACGCAUACAGAUCUAGUCCUAAGAGCUCGCGAGCUUGGUAUUCAAACAAAGUCCAUCCCCAAUGCAUCGAUCAUGUCGGGUAUUGGCUGCACAGGCCUCCAACUCUAUAAUUUCGGCCAGACCGUGAGCAUGGUGUUCUUCACCGAAACAUGGAAACCCUCCUCAUACUACGACCGUGUGAAGGAAAAUGCAAGCUUAGGGCUACACACUCUGGUACUACUGGAUAUCAAAGUGAAAGAACAAUCGCUAGAAAAUAUGGCACGAGGAAGGAAGAUAUACGAGCCACCUCGAUACAUGACUGUCGCACAGUGCGCAAGCCAAAUGUUAGAAACGGAAGAAGAGCGAAAGGAAGGUGUCUACGGACCCGACAGCUUAGCCAUCGGCGCUGCUCGCGUUGGAGCUCCUGAUCAAGAACUUGUUGCUGGGACACUGAAGGAACUUGCAGAGGUUGAUAUGGGUCGGCCGCUUCAUAGUUUAGUGUUGCUUGGUAAAAGAGCGCAUGAUUUGGAGAAAGACUAUAUUCUGCAAUUUGCUGUGAAUAAGGAAACCUUCAAUACUGCCUGGAAGCAGGGAUAUGGUGCAAGCUGAUCUUUUAGCUAGAUUGUCAGCUACUAAUGUAUUAAAUCAUGUGGAUGAAAAAUGUUACGAAAACUUGCUAUAUUUAAUAU